AUGGGUAGGGACACACCUAGAUAUACCUGGGGACACACCUGGGGCACAUCUGGGGCACACCCGGGACACCUGUGGUUCGACGGGCAGGUGCACGCGGCCGACACCAGCGAGGACCAGUCAGGCCAGAGCUUUGACCAGUCCUCGGAGUCGUGGGCGCUGCUCAGCCAGGUGAUCACGCUCUGCAACCGCGCCCAGUUCAAACCCGGGCAGGAGGGCGUGCCCGUGGCACAGCGUGACGUCAUCGGCGACGCGUCGGAGACGGCGCUGCUGAAAUUCGCGGAAGUGACGUCAGGGUCGGUGGCGGCCGCCAGGGGGCGCUACCCGAAGGUGGCGGAGCUGCCGUUCAACUCCACCAACAAAUUCCAGGUGUCAGUACACGAUGCCGGCUCCCAGCAGCUGCUGGUGCUGAAGGGCGCCCCCGAGCGGGUGCUGGAGCGCUGCCGGGGGGCGCUGGCCGGGGGCGAGGAGCGGCCGCUGGACCCGCGCUGGCGCGAAACCUUCGAGGGGGCGUACGCCGAGCUGGGGGGGCGGGGCGAGCGCGUGCUGGGGUUCAGCGCCCGCUGGCUCCCCGCCGGCUCCGUCCCCCCGGGCACGGCUCCCGAGGCUCUGGCCGAGCUGGCCCAGGGCCUUUGCUUCGCGGGGCUCGUGUCCCUCAUCGACCCCCCCCCCCGGGCCACCGUCCCCCAGGCCGUGCGCAAGUGCCGGACAGCGGGAAUCCGGGUGAUCAUGGUGACAGGUGACCACCCCAUCACGGCCAAGGCCAUCGCGGCCGCCGUGGGGAUCAUCUCGGAGGGCAGCGAGACCCCCGAGGACGUGGCGGCGCGGCUGCACCUGCCGCUCGAGCAGGUGGACCCCAGACAGGCCCGUGCCCGGGUGGUGACCGGCUCCGAGCUGGCCGCCAUGGCCCCAGGUGAGCUCGAGGACCUGCUCCGCACUCACCCCGAGAUGGUUUUCGCUCGGACGUCGCCGCAGCAGAAACUGGUGAUCGUGGAGAGCUGCCAGCGCCUGGGCGCCAUCGUGGCGGUGACAGGUGACGGCGUCAACGACUCGCCGGCUCUGAAGAAAGCCGACAUCGGGGUCGCCAUGGGCAUCGCCGGCUCCGACGCCGCCAAGAACGCGGCCGACAUGAUCCUGCUGGACGACAACUUCGCCUCCAUCGUCACCGGCGUGGAGCAAGGCCGGCUGAUUUUCGACAACCUGAAGAAGUCGAUCGCCUACACGCUGACCAAGAACAUUCCGGAGCUGACGCCGUACCUGAUCUACAUCACGGCCAGCGUGCCCCUCCCGCUGGGCUGCAUCACCAUCCUGUUCAUCGAGCUCUGCACCGACAUCUUCCCCUCGGUGUCCCUGGCCUACGAGCGCGCCGAGAGCGACAUCAUGCACCUGAAGCCGCGGAACCCGCGGCGCGACCGGCUGGUCAACGAGCCGCUGGCGGCCUACUCCUACUUCCAGAUAGGUGCGAUCCAGUCCUUCGCGGGUUUCACGGACUAUUUCGUGGCCAUGGCUCAGGAGGGCUGGUGGCCGCUGCUGGUGCUGGGGCUGCGGCCGCGCUGGGAGGACCCGCACGAGCAGGAGCUGCAGGACAGCUACGGCCAGCAGUGGACGUUCGCGCAGCGCAGGUACCAGCAGUACACCUGUUACACCGUGUUCUUCAUCAGCAUCGAGAUGUGCCAGAUCGCCGACGUGCUGAUCCGGAAAACCCGGAGGCUGUCCCUGUUCCAGCAGGGACCCUUCAGGAACCGCACCCUGGUGGUGGCCAUCGUGUUCCAGGUGUGCAUCGGCUGCUUCCUCUGCUACUGCCCGGGGAUGCCAAACGUCUUCAACUUCAUGCCCAUCAGGUUCCAGUGGUGGUUGGUGCCGAUGCCCUUCGGGCUCCUCAUCCUCGUCUACGACGAAAUCCGGAAACUCGGAGUGCGGAGACACCCGGGCAGUUGGUGGGAUCGGGAACUUUAUUACUGAGAGGAACACCUGGAACUCACCUGGGACACACCUGGGACCCUCCCUGAACACCUGGAACUCACCUGGGACACACCUGGACCCUCCCUGAACACCUGGGACACACCUGGGACCCUCCCUGAACAGCUGGAACACACCUGGGACACACCUGGGACCCUCCCUGAACAGCUGGAACACACCUGGGACACACCUGGGACCCUCCCCGAACACCUGUGACUCACCUGGAACUCACCUGGAGCUCACCUGGGGCCCUCCCUGAACACCUGGGGCUCACCUGGAACCCACCUGAGACACACCUGGGACCCCCCCCGAACACCUGGAACACACCUGGGACUCCCCUUGGACACCUGGGGCUCACCUGAGACCCACCUUGGACACCUGGGACACACCUGGGACCUUUCCUGAACACCUGAGAUCCACCUGAGACCUUCAUUGGAUACCUGGGACUCACCUGGGACCCACCUGAGACCCCCCUUGAACACCUGGAGCUCACCUGGGACACCUGGGACUCACCUGGGACUCACCUGGGACACCUGGGGCUCACCUGGAGCUCACCUGAGACCCACCUUGGACACCUGGAACUCACUUGGGACCCUCCCUGAACACCUGGAACACACCUGGAACUCACCUGGGACUUUUCCUGAACACCUGAGAUCUUCAUUGGACACCUGGGACUCACCUGGGACCCUCCUUCUCACCUGGGACUCACCUGGAACACACCUGGGACUCACCUGAGCCCCUCCCCCCACACCUGGAUUCAAUCCCCUCCCCCCCCCCCCCCCAAAUAAAGGCACAGGUGACUCCUC